ACACACCCACUUUUCUGCAGCACUUGCUCUUUCACUAAAUGCCUGGUUUUUCUAGCCAUUAGGUAGGAAUGGGAAAAGGAAUAAGAAGGCUAUGGAGGGUCCCUUUCCCAUACCUGUACUUUCCUGCUUCUCAUUCAAUUGCCCCCUUCACUCAACAUCAACCACCCCACUUUGCAGAACCACCAUACCAUAACAACAACGACAACAACCAUCUUCUUACUUUUAUUAAUAUAUAUAAAUAAAGUGACAUCUGUCUGUGUUCAAACUGAUUCGUGGUAAAAGAAAAAUGGUCUGUGACGGCAGUGCCCUGAGCAGGCCCUUUAUUACAUAGACAUGGUUAUGGUCAUUCUCUGUCAUAAUCAUAAUUCAACCGUGUAAAAAGGCUUUUACCAUUAUUCCACUCCUUCACUUCUCACCUCUCGCUUUUCAGACACCAAACUGUCUGAGGUUUAUUAGGAAACCCUCCUUCCCCACUUUAUCUAACCUUUUUCCUCUCAACUUUCUUUCUGCCUUUCGUUUAACAAAAUGGAUGAAUGGAAGAAAGACGCACACAUUCCGGAGUUUGGGAACUGGGAUUUAACCAAUGACUUUCCUAUCACUCGCUAUUUCGAGUGUGCAACACAGCCCCGUCCGCUUCGUUACACCUCCUCCUCCGCCGGAACUCCUCUCCACAACAAACCUCCUCGCCCCCUUCGAAAUCAUUCCAAACAGGAAACGAGGAACAAGGGAAGGAGGUGCCCGCAUGGUAAAGGAAAAGCGUACGUAGUCAAGGAACAGUCAAGGAAGCCAAAUAGAAGAAGGAAGCAUAUGCAGGUGCAACAAGACGACACCGUUCGGCGAACUCCCAAACCUGUUGACGAAGAUCUCUACAAGAUCCCUCCCGAACUCCUUCACACUUCCAACAAACGGAAGAAAAUUAUGGGGUUCAUUUCCAAGUGUUUUGUACAGCUUUCUUGUCACGAGAACUGCUAAGCUGGAAUUCCUACGAAUGAAUCUCUAUCGCUGUGAUUGGAAGGAGAAUUUUUGGAGAGAGAAGGGAGAAUGUGUAUCGAUAAUGGUGACAGGGAUGCGUGUUGGUUUUUAAUAUGGGAUUAAGGUGUGAAUGUAUUUUGGUUUUUUGAAUUUAAUGUUCUGAGGGGGAAUAUUAUAUAUAGUUUUGUAAUUCAUUGGAUGAAGUGAGAUUGAUACAUGUUGUGAGUGGAGUGAGUGAAUGUGAGAGUGUCUAACGUUAAUUAAAACUAAGAGUGAAUGCAGACGUUGGUGGCGGUUGUGUGGUGUCUCUUAUAUUGGAA